AUGCCUCGACGGUCCUCUCGGCCUGAUUCUGCGUCGCCUGAAGCGCCUGUGGCGCCAAAGCGACGCGCUUCAGCCAGACUGUCCGCCGCCGAAUCGGAGGUCAAACGGGUCAAGUCAAACGCCGACCUAUCCCUCCGCCAGGCAAAGUCCACGACAAGCAAGAGCAAGUACUUUGAGCCGGAAGACUCUGAUGAGCCCGACUCAGAGUCCGAUGCCUCUGUGGGGGAAUCCUCUGGCUCUGUGUACGAAGCAAAGGAGGAAUCCCCCGACGAAGUGGAGCCGGAAGAACUCUCCGACACCGACGAGGACGUGAAGAAAUCUAGCGCGAAGGGGAAGCAACGACAGAGCAUCACCGGCGGAAGCGACCAUAUGAAGGGCAAGGAGCUCUGGCGCGAGGGCGUCAAAGUUGGCCUGGAGCCUGGGCAAGAAGUUAUCAUCGCAAAGCCCAAGGCCCGAGACGCGGGGAAUACCCCAUACCAGGAUGAGACGCUGCACCCUAACACCAAGCUUUUUUUAAUCGACCUAGCUAGCAACAAUGACCGCCAAUGGCUGAAAGCGCAUGAUCCGGAUUACCGAGCGGCAAAGAAGGACUUCGAGACAUUCGUUGAGUCCCUCACGCCAAAGAUUGCAGAAGUAGAUGCUACCGUCCCCGAACUUCCUAUCAAGGACCUGGUAUUCCGCAUCCACAGGGAUGUUCGUUUCAGCAAGAACCCACUUCCAUACAAGGUAGGCUAUAUUCCCAUCCGGAUCCCCGCCGCUGUGCCUGUCGCAUGCUUGCGUACGCAUUUCUCUGCUGCCUGGUCUCGGACUGGUAAGAAGGGCCCAUACGCAGCAUACUAUGUCCACUUCCAGCCAGGCUCUUGUUUUGUUGGCUGCGGGCUGUGGAACCCUGAGUCGGAGCCACUUGCACUGCUGCGAGAGGACAUCGACGUGAACUCGGAUGGAUUAAAGGGGGUACUCCGGGCGCCGGAGAUGCGUCGCGAGUUUCUGAAAGGGGCGUCCGACGAUGACGAUGCGGUUGUCGACGCCUUUAUACAUCACAACAGGGAGUCUGCUCUCAAGACGAAGCCAAAGACUUUACUCCCUCCCAUUACCAUCUUGUGCUUUGGUGGCAUUGUCAGCGGUUUGUUUAUUGUUUAUGGGCUGGGACGCGGUCUUGGGAGACAGGGGUCGCGAGGUUCGCCAUCAAGGUUCGCCACCGAGGUUUCAUCAAAUUGCAUCUACCAUCCGACCGAGGUUGGUCUUGAAAACGGAAUUCACUCCAGUCUUCAUGGACAUCUUCAAGGCUGGCAAUGGCUCAAUCAGAUUAUGGAAACGGGAUCUUUCUGA